AUGUCACUGUUCUCUUCGGGAAAAUACUCCACAUCGAAACUGAAUAUCGCAUCGCGAAAAUUUCACGGUCUGCCUCUCUUCACCAUGGCUGACGAUGACUACCUAAAAGCAAUGGAAAUCCAGAGACGAAACUUUGAGGCACAGUUUGGCAGCCUUGAGUCAAUGGGAUUUGAAGACAAAUCUGCGCCAAAAAGCUCUGAGUCUGAAGAAAGUGAAGAUGAGACGCAAUUCCAUGGAUUCGAUGGAGAAUCAGAAAGCGAUCUCAGUGUUAGCGAAAAUGAAAGGGACAGUGACAGUGAGAGUGAAAUCAGCAGUGAAGAAAGUGAACAUGAAGUCAAGGUGGUCAAACUUACUCAAGAGAACUCAACGCCUGUGCUUUCUAAUAAAAGAGACAAGAAGGUGGCCCGUUCUGGAAGAGCACCUACGCUUUUAGAAAUGGAAGAAAAGGAAAGAAAGCUCCUGAAACUCACCAAGAAGCAACAGGCUAAAGCUGCCAAGGAAGAUGAGGAGAACUUGGAAAACGACUUGAAAUUACAAAGGCUCUUGAGCGAAUCGCACAUUUUGGCCAAUAGCUUGGAGUAUUCUGGAGCAGAUUUAACUAUGCAAACACUAGAUUAUGAUGCACCCAUUGGCAAUGCCAGACGGCGUAUCCUUGAUCAGCGGAUCCGUGAAGUAUCUUCUACUAAUGCCACGGCUCGUAAAAAGUUGGAGAAGAUGCCUAUGAACAUGAGGAAGACUUUGAUUAAGAAUAGAGAACAACAAGUGGCCAAGUACGAAAAGGAAGCUCGUGAGGCAGGAAUCAUCCUUUCAAAAGUGAAAAAGGGCGAGUUGAGAAACAUUGAUAUAGGCAAAGGUGUGACCCCAGUUACGGACCGUUUAGGUGUGGGUAAGGGACAUAAGAGCAGAAUUAGAGACCGUGGACUUAAGAUUCACUCUGUGGGAAAAUCCACCAGAAAUGGAUUGCGUAUUUCACAGCAGGAAAUCGACAAGGUCAAUAACCAAGGAAAGAAAAGACGGAGAAAAUGA